AUGGAGGAUAUUUCACGACCUACAAUCGAUCUUUUUCAUCCUUACUAUCUCGACGAAUUCGAGACCACAGGGACGGGACUAGUGAGCUCAGACUCGGUGUUCGAUGGAUCAGGCUAUGGUGUUUGGAGACGGCUUCUACUCUUAGCUUUGACCGUGAAGAACAAGGUUGGCUUCGUCGAUGGCAGCUGCCCUAUGCCGAGUGCCGAAUCGCCAUUGCUCGGAGCUUGGAUCAGGUGCGACGCUAUGGUCAUGUCAUGGAUAUUAAAUUCUCUGUCUAAUGAAAUAGCAACUAGUGUGAUAUAUUCAGAAACUGCGAAGGAUAUGUGGCAUAAGUUGGAAUUGAGGUUUGACGAACCAUAUGGACUCAAAAUGUUCCGAUUAUAUAAGGAGUUAGUAGGACUGAAACAGGGAAGCAGCGGCAUAGCUAUAUAUUUCACAAAAUUGAGUAGUAUCUGGAGUGAAUUAGAUAGUUUGAAUAUACACAUGAAAUGUAUCCGUGAGUGCAAAUGUGGUACUAAGUUGCAAUUUUACAAGGCCGAAGAAGAUAAAAAAUUGUUUCAAUUCCUUAUGGGGUUAAAUGAGUCUUACGAUAGGGUUAGAGGAAGAAUUUUGAUGAUGAGUCCCUUGCCAUCGCUCUAUCAAGCGUACUCUCUGCUUCUUCAAGAAGAGAGCUUGCAAAGGGAAGUGCAAUCUGGGCAGAAAAUGAAGAAUGAUGCUAGAAAAAUGAAUGUGGAGUGCAAUUACUGUAAGAAACAAGGUCAUACUAUUGAUAAAUGCUACAAGAUCCAUGGAUUUCCAACACAUUUUAAUCAGACAAAGUAA